GGGCGGAGCCGGGGAGCGCGCGCUCAGGGCGCCGGGGGACUGGCGGGAGCUGCGGCGGCGGCGGCGGCUGCGGCGCGUGGCGAGCGGGCAGGGCGAGCGGGCAGGGCUCCCGCCUCCCGCCUCCCGCCCGGCGCCGCUCCCGGCCGCGGGGCUCUGGGCUGGCGGCAGUUCACCCGCGCGGCUCCCCCUCGCGCCGGGCCGCUGUAGCGGGCGGCGGCUCGGCCCCGGCCCCGGCCCCGGCCCCCAUGGCUUCAGCCGGCAGCGGCAUGGAGGAGGCGCGCGUGUCGGCGCUGACCCCGCUCAAGCUGGUGGGGCUGAUGUGCAUCUUCCUGUCGCUGUGCCUGGAUCUGGGAGCCGUGCUGAGCCCGGCCUGGGUCACGGCCGACCACCGGUAUUACCUGUCCCUGUGGGAGUCCUGCCGCAAGCCCGGCAACUUGGACAGCUGGCUCUGCGAGUCCACCCUGCGCAGCGACUGGCAGAUAGCAACUCUCGCUUUGCUGUUGGGCGGUGCUACCAUCAUUCUCAUAGCUUUCCUGAUUGGUUUGAUCUCUAUCUGUGUGGGUUCUCGGAGGCGGUUCUACAGACCACUUGCGGUCAUGCUCUUUGCAGCAGUUGUUCUUCAGGCUUGCAGCCUAGUCCUUUAUCCAGUCAAGUUCAUCGAGACAGUCAACUUGAAAAUAUACCAUGAGUUCAACUGGGGCUAUGGCCUGGCUUGGGGUGCAACUAUAUUUUCAUUUGGGGGUGCCCUCCUUUAUUGCCUGAACCCUAAGAUCUAUGAAGACUACUAUUAGUACCACUUUAGGCUGGGAAAAAGAAAUGAAAUAACAAAAGGGUUACUCCAUCUUUUCUAACUCGCUGUUUUUUAGAAUACUUGUGGAGCAUCAAGCAGUCUGCUCUGUUGAUUUAAUAGCCUUUGCCUUUUGGCCGCAAACACUAUAACUAGCUUUUACAUCCAUUUAAGAGAACUGCAAAAAUUAAGAUUACUGAUCUUACACAGGCAAACGUUGCAAGCUGCUGAUACGUUAAUGUCAUUUUUCUUGACAACAAGUGAAGGAUCUACAUGACAGCGAUCAUUGUGAGGGACGUUGCUGGAAUGAAAAUGCAGUGCCUGCAUCUGCCGUCGCCUGCAGGGGAGCAGCUGGCAUAAGCUCCAUUUAGAAGUUUCCUUAUAUCAUGGAGGAUUCAGAUGUCAUGAUAAGCAGGCGGUGCCAUCUUAUAUCAAUAAGUGCUGUUGGGUCCUGGUCACUUGCUAGAAAAAGCUGUUGAGAAAUUAGUUGCAAAUGACCAUGUGUUGGGGGCAGUGAAUGUAAAUGAUCAAUGACUUUCCUAAUGUCUGCAUUGGACGGUCUGCUGAAAAAAAAAGGGAGUUUAUGCAUUGGCAAGCCACAUCUUCCCUGCCAACUGUGGCAGAUCCCUGAAGGGAAGUCAAAACCUGGAGACACAUGCUUCUAAUUAUGUGGCUGGAAGUUGUCUCAGCUCUGAAUAUUGUGGGGUGGGGUGAGGAGUAACAGGGUCCUCGAAUUUCCCUUAGGCAAAUAAAAUGCAGGUAUGAGCUGCAUUUGUCUUCAUGCCCUUUUAAUUUCCAAACCGUGCAGUAGAAAUGCAUAAAUAACAAAUCCAACUAUUUUUAUAGAAGGCAUUUGUUAGUAUAAAUGAAUAUAUAUAUAUAAUAUAUAAAUAUAUGCAGAGGAAGAAACACAUUACAUCUCAAAAUGGUAAUAUUUGCUGUGGUACAGUGGUUAAAGCACUAACUUUGUAUGCCUUCUUAAGAGUCUUGGAUCACUAUCUCCAUUUUGGGUCAGUAAUGCAAAAUAAACAUCUUAAAAUUGGUUGCUCUCUCUGUAUGACCUUAUGAUCUGUUUUGAUGGGAAAUAUCUAAAAGUUCAUAUACAUUUGAGGUGGAAUUAAAUCUAAAAUAACUAGUUGCUUGAUACUUAUUACAAGUAUUUUUUUUUUAAAAAAAGCUGUUUAAUGGCGAGAGACUGCCACUUCCUAAAAAUCCAGUUAAUUUCUGUCUCUAAUUGAAAGAAUGUAGCUGAGAUCUAGUUACAUACAGUAUAAAAAUGUUAUCAGUACAGUAUGUACUCAAAUAUUUGUUUCAGAGUAGCCGCCAUGUUAGUCUGUAUCCGCAAAAAGAAUAGGAAUACUUGUGGCACCUUAGAGACUAACAAAUUUAUUUGAGCAUAAGCUUUUGUGAGCUACAGCUCACUUCAUUGGAUGCAUUCAGUGGAAAAUACAAUGGGGAGAUUUAUAUACACAGAGAACAUGAAACAAUGUAACAACAUGAAACAAUGGUUUUUACCAUACACACUGUAAUGAGAGUGUUGGUAACACCCAAUGUUUCUUGCUCUCUGUGUAUAUAAAAUCUCCCUACUGUAUUUUCCACUGCAUGCCUCCGAUGAAGUGAGCUGUAGCUCACGAAAGCUUAUGCUCAAAUAAAUUUGUUAGUCUCUAAGAUGCCACAAGUACUCCUUUUCAAAUAUUUGUUUUUCUCUGAGUGUAAAGGUUGAUUGACAUGCGUCCGUUUAAAUGUUUCCCACUUAAAACUUCCAGAGGCUAUACAAAUGAAAUGAGACCCAAAUUAAACUAGGGUGGAAUUUUUAAAUUGACUUACAUAGCAUAACUUUUAUUUUUGUUUAAUAUUGGCUUAUUUGAAUUAAUUGUGAACAUAUUUUUAUACAACUCUAAUAUACAACUUUAGAAAUAAUUAUUUUUAUUAAUUGAGAAAUUUAAAAUAUAUCCUAGUUGGGCCUCUGUAAGAACAGGGACUUUGAAGCUGUAAAAAUGCUUUCAUAUUGUUGAUGUAUUGCUGGUUCUGCAAAAGGAUUGCAGAAUUACUUAACAUUAGGACCACAUCCUAUAGUAUUAAAUGUACUCGCCACAGUUUACAGAGAGAGGAAAUUCAGCAAUCGGUAUAGAAGAAGCAUAAACCUGCUUGUAGUCUGUUGUUCGUUAAAGUAUUUCUGUCAAACAAGACCCAGUUCUUAACAAACCUAGGCCUCUCUGGGAGAGAAUGUAUGAUAUCACAGAAGAAUAGUCAGCAUCAGCACUUUUCCCUGGAUCAGUGAUGAUUAGCUAGACUAGGAUGACAGAGCAAAAUGAUAGCUUCACUUAAAUGUUUUUGUGCAUCCUGCUGAAGAGUGAGGGUAAAAGGACAUGAGGGAAAGGAGGAGAGCACCUUUCACUUUCUCGCAGACAGCUGAGAAUCUUUGGAACUCUGCAUUUUUUUCCUAUGUGACUUAAAGCCGAGGCAGGUGGCAUGUGGUUAACUGCAAAUCUUUCUGGACUGCAGCGUAACACUGCUCUUAUUUAGCUGCUUUAGGAACAUUGUGUGAUGGAAUGGGAGUUAGGCUAAUUUUAAGAAGUCUACUGUGAGUGGAUCUCUGUUCCUUUUUAGAGGAAACAGUGCUUUGGUGCUGACAAUUACACAGCACUUUGCUUCGAACAAGGAGAGGAAGCUGUACAAUGCUAGACCUAUGUCAUAUCUACUAAUCUUAAUAAACUCCCUUUCUCUUUCUGUAUAGCUAGAGAAAACAUAUUCAGUGGGCUAAUGCAUAUACUCAUAAAUUGCACAUAUACUGGAGAAAACACUAUUCAUAACAUAAAAGGCCUUUAGGCAAAAAUUUUCAAACUUGAGUGCCUAAGAUUAGGAUCCUAUAUCCAUAUUUAGGCAUCAAAAAUCAGAGGCUUGAUUUUCAGAGGUUCUGAAUACCUACAACUUCCAUUGAAGAUAAUGGGAUCUACAGGUGAUCAGCACAUAAUCAGUUCACUGCCAUUACAAGGGCCAUGGGCAUUGGUGGCAUCUUGGUCUCUUCUGUUCUCUGCAUGUGGGACAAAGUUUAGUUUCCUGAGGACUGAAAUGUUUUGUUCUAACUCAAAGGCAUCUGAGUGAAAUUUAAUGGCCUGUGUUUUAUUGAUCAGUCUAUCUGAUCUAAUGCUCCCUUCUGGCCUUAAACUCUAUGAAACUAGUGGGGUUUGUGUGUGGGGAAACUUCUCAGAAUCAGGUCCUUUUUAUUUAGGAGCCUAAGCAUGGAAUUAGGCACCUAAUUUUAGCCUAUGCUGCUGCUUUUUUCCCCUACCAUGGCCAAGAUUGCUAAAUAUUGAAUAUUUUGGCUCCGAACUAAAAGUAAAUACAAUGUAAAGCUGAAAUAUUUUUUCUACCCAUAGAAUAAAACACUCCUGUGUUGGAGUGUAUUUACAAUAGACUUAUCAUUUUUAUAUAUUAUUCUUAUAUCAUGCCUUCAUCAUUUCAGUUGUAUUUGGCUUUAUCUCACUAGCAAGGUAAUUUUUCACACCACAAACCCAUUGUUUCUCUUCCAGAUAUAUAUAUAUAUAGUGAACUUGCAAGCAGGGCUAGUUAUUUUUAUUUUUAAGCUUAAAGUAUACCAUCUGGUGCAACAAGUACCAACCCACUCUUUUGAAUUUCUUGCACAACUACAUUUAGCUUUUGUAAGUUCAACAUGUAAAUUUUAAAGACAUAAAUAUAGAGACCUAUGUGUUUGAAAUAUGAAUGAUAUAUGGAUUAGCAUGUAACUGUAUAUUAUUAAACAUGCAAUGAACUAACUGGUAAGUGAAGUCUAAUCUUAUGGCUAGCAAUGUAAUUUAUUCAGACUGUAUUUUUGUACAGAACAGUGCACACUAACCUGUUGCCUCUGUGUCCUCUAUAAUGCCUAAAACUGUGCCUAGAGAUUUCAUUUGUCUUUACAAAUUAAUCAACUAAAUACUUCAUGCUGUUGAUGGUAUUAGUUUCUCUAACGUUGUUCUCUGUUUAUUUUUGAAAAGUGUAUGGUAUGUUUAUUGAAUGAAUCCAUCAAAAUGUGGCUCAUUUUUAAUGGUCAUUGUUAGGGGGAAAACGUUUUUUAUCUAAGCUGUUUUAAGUUUGCUGUUUUAUUACCAUUUUUGCAUUUCACGACUUUUGUAGCUUACAUGAAGUUAUAUGUGAAAAAGUAACUAAAAUAAAAAAAAGUUACCCUAACAAAAUGCACUUUUUUGCCCUGUGUAGAAUAUUCAAGCACUGAAAAGUUCUGCUGCUGUUUUUGUCUGUGUUUACUUAAAUGAAUUUGUCUGGCACUUAGAUAUCACAAUAAGGCAGGUUUAUAAAAAAAAAUAUAGCCAAGUUCUGCCCUCGUUAGUAUCCUGUGGGGUUUACUGUGGUAUACAUCUCGGCACUAUUCAGCCCCAAAUGCCUUUAUGCAAUAUGUUGUAACGUUUGAAUGACAGAGCCCUUUAACUUAUUAAAUAAAAAGCAAUGUAUUGGCAUUCAGAAUGUACCACUCCAACUACUUCAAUGGUAAAUUAAUCUGCUAUAUUCAAUAUUCUUUUCCAUAUUUCCAGAUUAUACAGUGCUAUUUUCUGUAUGAACCUGAAGUAUGUGUUACUUUUUCACUUCUUUUUGAAUAAUCUUUUACACUAUUCUUCCCUUUUACCUGGAGGGGAGUAUUGAACUGUGUGUUAAAAAGCACAGUUUAAAUAAAGAAAACAUAUUAUGAUCUCCAUAAC